GUUACAUUAACAUCCAUGUGAAAGUAAUUUAAGCCCAACUCCAACCUGCUUCAAAUAGAAAAUCAUUGAUAACAUGAUAGUCUCCAAAUGAUAAUUCGUAAAAUGAAGAAAGCAAAAGUUUAUCAACAUUCCCAAUUCUAAUUAUGCCAAAGAAUACCUUCAAAGAGCGCUUUUUAAUUAAACAAUAAAAAAGUAUUUAAUUUAGGGCCUUGCUAGUCCUAAUCAAUUGUCCAGUUAAAGAAAUCGAUAUGAAAUAAGGCUCAAAUGAUAAAUGAUUAUCUUUAAAUCUUUUAACAUUCGAAAGAAUCCUUUAGGAUAUUCUUAGAAGUAAUAAAAAGAUUUUAUUGCUUCUAAAUGAUUAUUGCUUAAGAAGCCCACUGGAAUGAAUAAGAAUAAAAAUACAAAUAUUUUCUUGAGAGAAGGAAUCCUUUGAUGACCUUGGAUAGACAUAAUUUUUCUGCUCU